GUUUUUUUUAAAAAAAAUUUUCAGGAAAUUUUGAACCCACUCUAUAUACAAACAUUAUAAAGUUUUUUUUAAAAAAAAAUUUCAGGAAAUCUCUAUACAAAAUAUACAAAAUGAACUUUAUUCAGAUUCAAUCAUAUGUAGGAUUUUGGUCAGGUGCAAUUAUCAUGAUAUCUUUUCAUAAUUUGUUCAUUUCGGCAAUGAUGUACAAAGCCCGUCAGACAAAUACUUCGAAUAUACUAAAAAUUAUUUUCAAUUUUGCUCAAAUUGUGCGUUCGGGAGCAAAUUUCGGUCUUUAUAUGACACCAAAAAUAGCUACAUACACUCAAUGUGAUGCUCUUCUAAAAACUAUAAUAGUUGGAAAUAUUUUAAUGAGAUUAUCAUUAUCGGCGUUCUUGAUAUGGCGUUUAAGACAAAUGCGUAAUUAUGGGUCAGAUAAAUGGAUAAGUAUUAUAUUAUUUUCAAUUAAAGUUGCACUUUCGAUUCCAUAUUUUAUUUUUCAACGGGCAUCUACCGAAUACGUUCCUGAUGUUGAUUUAGUUGGUUGUUUUGUUGACUCUUUUACUCCUAUACCUUAUGGCGCUAGUGGAAUUGCCGUGGAAUUUCUUAUCGAUAUAUUUAUAACCUUUCGCUUAGUUCAAAUAUUAAUCAACGCUAAUAAGAACGCUGCUCAAGUUUCAACAAAUAUUAAAAGCAAACGAUCGUUAUUCACAGCCGUUAUGUAUUGGAAUUUCUUACGACUAUUCGUAUCUUUUAUCUUUCAUUAUCUAGCUAUUUUGGACAUGAUAUACGUUCUGCCCGAAGUAGAAUCAAUUACUAUAAAAAACAUAGUAUAUAUUGCAUUAUCUUAUGUAAUUACUGCUAAUGUUGAGAUUGUACGAGUCAUUGAGAGAAAAGAUAAAAAAAAAGGAUUAAGUAGUGGUUCUAGUGGUUCAGUAGGAACCGAGAAACCACUCAGUUCAACUCACAGUCAAAUUGAAAAUGACAAAAUAGCAAUUGCGUCAAUAAAAAUAUUGUCGUUCAAUGAGUGGGCAAAAGCUGUAGUAGGGAAACGUCUUCGCAGAAAUGAUGAUGGAGAAGAAGAAUAUGAAGAAGUUAACGAAUAUGAUUAUGAGGAUAUGGAAGAAAUAAUAGAUGAUACUCCAAAAUCAUCUAAAGAAAAUAAUCUAGAAAAAGAUCUUUCGCAAGAUCGAAGUAAGUAAUUUAGUGGCACAACUUCAGUGACGGAAAUGUCAAAAUUCAGACAUUAUUAUUCAUUAGUUUGUAAUUUUACAACUCAUAAUUUCAUGGCACGAAAAAAUUUUUUUUAAACAUAUUUUUAAAUCUAUUUUUCAUUUUAUUACUAUGUUCUCCUUACAAAAUGUAUAUUAUUAUUAAUUAAUUUACUCUUUUCCGCAUUUAUUUAUUCAUUGGCUAU